AUGACGGCGUCCAAAGACCCCACGAAGAAGAAACCCAAAGAGAGCCAGCAGGACGAGGAGUUUGUGGACGUCAGCCCGCCGCAGAGGAACUGGAAGGGCAUCGCCAUCUCGCUGCUGGUGAUCGUGGUGGUCUGCUCGCUCAUCACCAUGUCGGUGUUCGUCCUCACACCCGUCGAGCUCCCCGGAAACAGCAAGUCCAGGCUGACCGUGGCGGAUCUCUACAAACCGGAGUUCAGCGUUCACGACCCCGAAGCCACGUGGAUCAGCGAGUCGGAGGUGGUUUACAGGAACCGAGACGGUCACGUCAUCAAGUUCAACUUCACCCUGAACGAGACCGAAGUCAUUCUGACCAACAGCACAUUCGUGGCUUUCAAGGUGGCAAAGUACUCGCUGUCUGCAGAUCUGAAGUACGCGCUGUUCGCGUACGACGUCAAGCCGAUGUACAGAUAUUCCUACACGGCGUCUUACAUCGUCUACAACAUCUACACCAGGGAGGUUUGGGAGCUAAACCCUCCCGAGGUUCAGAACGCCGUCCUCCAGCAUGCAUCCUGGGGAAGACAAGGACAGCAGCUGAUCUACAUCUUCGAGAACAACAUCUACUACCAGUCGGACGUGAAGAGCAACUCUCUGAGGAUCACCUCCUCUGGGAUGGAGGGAGUCGUCUUCAACGGACUCACCGACUGGUUGUACGAAGAGGAGAUCCUGCACUCGCACUUGGCCCACUGGUGGUCGCCGGACGGAGAGCGGCUGGCCUUCCUCACCAUCAACGACUCCCUGGUUCCCAACAUGGCUCUGCCCCAGUUCACCGGCAGCACCUACCCCCGAGGCCUGCAGUACCCCUACCCCAUGGCGGGUGAGACGAACCCCACGGUGAAGCUGUCGGUGGUCAACCUGUUCGGUGGGACUCACACUCAGGAGCUGCAGCCUCCCGAUCAGCUCGGACUCAGGGAUUUCUACAUCACCAUGGUGACGUGGGUCAGCAACACUCACCUGGCCGUCAGGUGGGUCAGCCGACCUCAAGACGCUUCGCUGCUGACGCUGUGCGACGCCACCAUCGGAGUCUGUCUGCAGAGACACGAGGACUCUUCAGACACGUGGCUGCCAAGACAGAGACAAGAGCCGCUGUUCUCCAAGGACAGGAGCAGGUUCUUCCUCGCGCUGCCGGUGAAACAAGGCGGUCAGGGAGAUUUCCAUCACAUCACCAUGUUCACCAAGAAGCUACGAAGCAACCAGGAUGAAGUUCGCCACUUAACGUCGGGGGACUGGGAGGUGACAAAAAUCAUUGGUUACGAUGAAAACAACCAGACCGUAUACUUUCUGAGCACCGAGGUCGCUGCAGCACAAAGACAUCUGUACAGCGUAUCGACGCUCGGCUUGUUUCCACGGCGAUGCCUCACCUGUGGACUGAGGGAGGACUGCACCUUCUUCGACGCCGACGUCAGCCCCGACGCACAGCACGCCAUCCUGCACUGUCGAGGUCCCGGGGUUCCAGCUGUGCUGCUUCUAAGUUUCGACAACGUGGACUCCUAUUUCAUCCUGGAGAAGAACCUUCCUCUGCGAUCUGCGCUGGAGACCAGGAGGACGGUCCAGGCCGACAUCCGGAUGAUCGCUAAUGACAACUUUGAGCUGCCUCUGAAGCUCGUCUAUCCUCCAGACUUCUCGGAGACUUUCCUCUACGGCCUCCUCCUAAUUGUCACCGGCUCUCCGGGCGACCAGGCGGUGACGGAGGAGUUCGGCCUGGACUGGGACCGGGUGCUGGUCGGGUUGGAUCAGGUCAUCGUGGCCCGACUGGACGGCAGGGGGUCGGGCUUCAGAGGUCAAAGGGUCCUACAGCAGGUCCAUCAGCGGCUCGGCACUGUGGACGCCGACGACCAGAUCGCAGCUCUGCAAUACCUGGUGAGGCUGCCGUUCAUCGAUCGCACUCGUGUCGGAGUCUUCGGAGAGGGCUACGGCGGCUACCUGGCCCUGAUGAUGCUGAAGUCGACGGAGAAGCUGAUCAGAUGUGCAGCAGCUCAGGCUCCCAUCACCGACUGGACGCUGUACGCCUCGGCCUCCUCAGAGAGAUACUUCGGAUCGCCGUCGACUGAUGAGAGUAAAUACGAAGCCUCCAAAGCGCUGCCCGGCCUGAAAGGUCUGCAGGGAGGAACCCUGUUUCUGGCUCACGGCACCGCUGACGCCAACGUCCACUUCCAGCACUCGGCAGAGCUCAUCAAACACUUGAUAAAGAUCGGAGCCAACUACACUAUGCAGAUCUACCCAGACGAAGGUCAUUUCCUGUCCACACACAGCCAGAUUCAGCUGACUCAGUCCCUGAUUGGAUACUUCAGAGGAUGUCUGCUCGACGUGUCAUCACUGCUCGACCAACGGGACGACGACUGAGGCGUCGCCGCGGUUACCGCCGUGUGUUCUGAGCGUAUGUUGCCCCUGGUAGACCGAGUGUGUGUGUGUUUGUGUUUUAUACCAGUAGUACAGCGUCUGAUGGACGAAACAAGCUUCUUCUCUACGUGUCGGACUAGUCUGUCACCUCGGUAGAUCAGCAGCUCAGCUCGCGGUGUGUUUUGUCGCCUCCUUUGUCUGGACGGAGCUCAGAAAACGCCUCGCUCUUGUGGGGUUUUUCAAAUUCUGCAAACUAUGGUUGCUCUUCAAACAAACACCUGUAACAGGCUGCUCUUCACAACAAACGCUAGCAGGAAACACAGCUGCAU